AUGGAAUGCCAUUGUACACCGUCAGCAUCUAACUGUGGGAAGAAUCGAAGAAAGAAGUGCGAUCGUGAUGUCUCUCACUGCUUAUUGUCACUCCGAUGGCAAAAUGAAUCUAAUAAACACAUUGAACAUAUCCAAGAUUGCUGGCAUUGGUCCCCGGAUGAUCCUGAUUGUCCUAAGGAGCCAGGACUGUGUUAUCUUUUAUCUGAAUCGAAAGAAGGGUUUACCAAUUGUUGUUGCAAAGGUCCUCUUUGCAAUGGUGUAGAUAAUAACACCAUAAUAUCGCCGCCUCCCACUCAAGUCAACAGAUCCUUGCUUAUGACAGGGUUAGAUCCCUUUUUUAUCCAGAACUCAAGACCACUCGGAAAUACUCCACUACCAAGGCAAAGUUUUGAUAUACAACAUACGAAUAGCUUCCUUAUUCUGAUAAUCACAGCUCCGAUAAUUAUUGGCUUGUUUUUAAUCUUGAUAUUCUCCGUUUUUGCUCUAUUUUUUCCUCGAUGUCGUGUGUGUCGUCUAAAACAGAGCAUGCGGUUCUCAUGGAAGCAUAAAACUUGUACACACUGCGGGAAGUUGUCUGACUUGUAUAGUCCUUUGCAUUGCUUUUCUGUGUGUACACGUGGUCAUACAGUCAAAGAUGAUAUUUCAAAUGGAUCAGUUGCUCAAAAUGAGUAUUUUGGAAUGAACAGUUUAUCUAAACAUCCAAUAACAGGUCUUCGAUGGUUAUCUAGUGAAUGUAUUGAGUUGUGCUCAUUCAUAAAGAAAGUUGAGUUAAAAGCUCACGGACGUUUUGGCCAAGUAUGGCUCGGUCGAUUUUCUUCACCGGAUGAUCAGAACGAUUUUAAUCUAAAUUCAUCACAAUUAUCAUUAAAUAAGAACAAAAAAGAAAUCGAUGUAGCUAUAAAAGUAUUCACGUCAAAUGAGAAACGUAGUUGGGAAACAGAAGUUGCACUUUUUAAUGUUCCAGGUUUGGAACAUAUCAAUAUUCUACAAUAUUAUGGUGCAGACCAGGUCAUUGUGGAUAAUUCUAUUGGUGAAGAUAAACUAGAGUAUUGGUUAGUAACAGAAUAUCAUCCAUUAGGCAGCGUAUAUGAUUAUCUUCAUGCAUAUGAUAUACAGUGGAUAGAUUUAUUAAAAAUUUGUAUUGGUAUUGCUCAAGGUUUAGCUCAUCUACAUAUGGAAAUUCCAAAUCUUUCAAAACCUAGUAUAGCUCAUCGUGAUUUGAAUUCUCGCAAUGUGCUAUUAAAGUCUGAUCUUACUGCUUGUAUUGCUGACUUCGGUUUGGCAAUUCGUUUUGAGGCUGGCCAGUGUAUGAGAGAUGCACAUUUGCAGUUGGGUACUCGUCGAUAUAUGGCGCCUGAAGUGUUAGAUGGCGCCAUUCAGUUUUCAAAGGAUGCAUUUCUUCGUAUCGAUAUUUAUGCAAUGGGUUUAGUGUUUUGGGAAUUAAUGAUGAGAUGUUGUUGUGGUUCUAGUAAAAAUGCAACAAUUCAUAUUACUAGUUAUUUAGCACCAUAUGAAAUAGAAUUAGGUCCACAACCAUCAAUGGAAGCAUUACAACGAUGGGUAGCACAUGCUAAACAACGACCUAAAUUUAAUCCACAAUGGGCAUCAGAUGGGGGUUUAUGUACAUUGUGGGAAACAAUUGAAGAAUGCUGGGACCAAGAUGCAGAAGCACGUCUUUCAGCUGGUUGUGUAACUAAACGUUUGACUACAUUGCUCCGUCUAUCUGUUAUUAAUCAACAAUACAAUGAUAGCUAUAUUAAUAACAGUAAUAAUAAUGAUAGUAAUGGCAUUAACGAGAAGGAUAAUAAUAAUAAUGAUAAUAACACAGUGAUGAGUAAUUAUCUUACUAACAGUCAGCAAACAGAUUGUAAUCCACCACCACCAUACUACUACUGUUACUAUUCUCCAUGUAUUACUACCAGUACUACUACUACUGCUUCUGUUACUACGACCACAUUGAUGGACGUUUCUAAAGAUUUAUGCAACGGUAGAUAUACUACUACAUCUUUAAUGAAUUAUUCUAGGAAGGAGGAUAUUGGUGUCUACAAUUGCUCAGAUGUUCUAAGUACUACUACUACCGAUAACAUUAAUAAUGGUAAUAAUGAUAAGAGUAAUACUAUACUAACUCGUGGCAGUACUGGAUGUCCACCGACAAUUUGUCUACCCUAUUCUAUGAAUAUUAAUUUCUCUACACUUACAGAUCAUAGAUCUAAUAAGAUCAAUAGUGAAAUAUUACAAUGUAAAAGAAAAAAUCAAACAUUAUGCUUUAAUGAUAUAUUAAAUCGAACAGAAGAUCAAAUACAGUGUGA